GCGCUGAGCGCAGCACCAAACCGUUCCCACCACGUCUUACCGGCUUCAUGUGGAGAAAGAAACUUGCUAAGUAGAACCAAGCAGAGCAAGGAAACCAAACUAAGCUUUACUUUUUACUGCAUGGAAUAACUGCACUGGUUUCCACUGAGGCGUUAGGUGUAAACUAGUGAAAGUUGGAUUCCUGGAAAGAUAUUUGCAAGUCUGGACUGAGCGACAAUGGAAUUUGUGAUCUCGUAAGCAGGAGAAAUAACCUUAUCUGUCCUGGCUAACUUCUCUGCUUCUACCAGCACCGGCUGAGACAAAUGAGCUCAUCUGAAGGAAAGCAGUGAAACGUGUUUACUUCGCAGAAACGAGGACUAAACGUGAAGAGUUGACACAGGGCAACAAGGUUUGGACAAAUCCUGAUGGUAGCCAUGGGAAGAUUGAAAAUGGCAGGAAACGAGCACUGAAGUUCCACAGGUAGUGUCCAGAAGGAUGUGUUUUUAAACCCGAGCUGCUGGGAGGUCAAGAGGUGGCAUGCCUCUGUAAACCACCACUGGAAACAAAUGCUCUGCUGCCAUGCCUCUGGGGAUGGUGCGUCGUCUUUCGGUGUCGGCGGUCCAAGCGCUGCUGUCUCUCCUGCUGCUUGUCAGCGGCUGGCCCUUCACCUCAUUACCUAGUGGUGUCGUCCAAGGAUCAGAGCCCUCCCCCUCCAGUCUUUAUCCCACCUUUAUCCGGAAUGACACUCUGUUUGAGCACCUGGCCCUGCAUCCCGACCCCAGUGUCAGUCGGGUCUACGUCGGUGCCCGAGAUCGGCUCUUCCAGUUGGAUCCAUUUCUCCAACCUGAACUUCAGGAUGACACCGGACCCGUCACAGACAGUCGGGAGUGCUUACCUCCUGUAACUGUGAGCAACUGCCCUCAGGCUAGGCUCACCAGCAACCACAACAAGCUCCUGCUGGUCGACCCUUACUCCAUGGAACUCAUUACUUGCGGGAGCGUCAACCAAGGAAUCUGCCAGAAACGUAGUCUGGAUUCUGUGGAUGUGGUACUUUUCUCUACAGAGAGGCCAGUGGAUACUCAAUAUGUAGCAGCUAACCACCCCAACGUUAGCACUGUGGGCCUCGUGGUUCGCUCUCAUCCUGAUAGGCAGCCAGUACUAUUUGUGGGACGUGGUUACACCAGCAGCCAUCCACCCAUUUCCACGCGAAAUCUUGCCCAGGAACCUGUUUUUUCAUAUGAGGAAACGGCAAAGUUGGCCGUGGCUGGCCGUCUCUCAGAAUACGACCAUCAUUUUGUAGCAUCCUUUGCCCACCGUCAGCACGUAUACUUCCUUUUUUACAGACGAGACCUAAAAUCACAGUCACGUGAGUACCGCACCUACAUCUCUCGUGUUUGUCUGGACGACCAGGCCUACUACUCCUACGUCGAAGUGCCCUUGACAUGCCGUUCCAGAGCAGGGAAAAUUUACAACCUCUUGCAAGCUGUCCAGCUUGGGCUCACCAAGGAUGGUACCAAGAGUCAGGGCUCAGAAGUUCUUCUUGGUGUCUUCUCUACUCGUUUGGCUUCAUCAACUCGGCCCAGUGAGGACUCAGCCCUCUGUAUGUUCAACCUCAAGGAUGUAGACCGCAGGAUUAAUGUGACCAGAGACCUGUGCUACACAGAUGGUAAAGAAGCAGGACUGGAGGCAGCCUACAUCGAAUAUGAAGUGAAAUCCAACUGUGCCAACCUGCCAGAGAACACUCUGGAUGCGUACCCCUGCGGCUCUGACCACACCCCCAGCCCGAUGGCCAGUAGGAUGGCUGUGGAAGCAGAGACCAUAUUGGACAGCCCGUCUGCCCGUCUCACUGCUGUGGCUGUCAGCGUGGGGAUGGGACAUACCAUUGCCUUCCUGGGAGACUCCAAGGGGAACCUGCACAAGGUGUUUCUAGGGCCAAACGGUGAAGUGGAGGAGUACUCUGUCAUCUCCAUUCAGCAGAGCGCAGCUAUCAGUUCAGACCUCAUUCUGGACCAGAAAGAGGAGCAUCUCUUCAUCAUGACUCAUACCAUGCUGCAGAAGAGGCCUGUGGCUGAAUGCCAGCAGCACCCAGACUGCCACUCCUGCCUGCUGGGCCACGACCCCUACUGCGGCUGGUGUGUCCUGGAGGGAAGGUGCAUGUUGCAGUCUAAGUGUGCUCGCGGGGAACAUCCGGGUCAGUGGCUGUGGAGCUUCGACAUGGAGCAGCAGUGUCUGGUGGUCCAGGAACUCAACCCCUCCAACAUCAGCAGGGAGGAGAGCAGGACGGUGUCUCUGUCAGUCGCAGGACUUCCACUUUUAGAGAAGGACGAGUCCUACUCCUGCUUCUUCCAGGACAGCCACAGUCCCGCCGUUGUCACGGAGAGCGGGGUCACCUGCCAUUCUCCUGACACCAGCCGUGUCCCCAUGGUGCCUCCGGGACAGGACUUUGUCACAGUCACCUUGUCUCUGCGCUUUGGUGACGUCACCGUCACAGCGAGGGAUUUCACCUUCUAUGACUGUACGGCGGUUAAGCAGCUGUCUGGCAGCAUGCCUUGCCGUGGUUGUGUCUUGAGCCGAUGGGGCUGCAACUGGUGUGUUCACCAACACUUGUGUACCCACAAGCCCACCUGUGAGGAGGGGGUGAUCAUCUACAACCAACAUUUUAAACUCCCCACCUCAGCUCCUCCCACAACCAAACCUAUUAAAGUCAUCACUACUACAACGGCUGCCCUGACAACCACCACAACAGCUCCCACAACAACGACAACAACAACAGCAACAACAACCACAACUGUUGCUACAACUACAACAACCGCUGCCCCUGCCACUAUAGCAACCACUCAGGAGCCUGCAACCACUACUCCACCCGCAACCACCACCAGCCUUGAACCAACCACCCCACCCACCACCCUGCCCCCUCCGGCUGCCAGCACCCUCCCACUCACCACACCAGCACCCACUCCACCUCUUCCCCCUGAGGUCGCUACUGAGAAGGAAGAAGAGAGAGAAGCUGGAGAGCUUUAUGUUGUCACCCAAAGUGAGGCUGAAGGUGCUGGGGUUACACCCACCGUCUCCAUGGUAACCACAGAGUUAGUCCCUGUCACCAUGGCUGAUGGUCUGAGUGGAGAUCUGGAGCCUGUGGUGCCUUUGAUCAUCCCUCCCCAUGAACCGGACUCCUCCCCCCAGGAGCUGGUCACAGAGUCGCCCCCCAGUGACGCCCAGGAAGCAGAGGGGGCUUUGGGCCCGGCAGAGGCCCCCACCUCGGCCUCGUCUGGCUUCCCCCUGCCCACGCCCUUCUCUCUAGGCGAUCCUGACGACUCUGAGCCCUCCAUCUACCUGGACCUGAGCCAGACUCCCACCACACUGCCCACACAGGAGUCCCAGACAGUGGCAGUAGGCCCAGGCACUGACCCUGAGGUGCUCCUGUGGCCAGAAGAAGAGGAAGACGUCCACGCUGAGAGCGCCGUCCAGUCAGAAAACGACACUGCCACAUUUUCUGCUGCCACUGUGUUGUCAGGUGACGGUGAGGUAGACCGCACCCCCCCAUCUUACCCCCACAUGGUGGACACUGACUCAGAGCUGGACUACCAGUAUGAUCCAGCUGACGCCUUCCUCCCGGGGGACGAGGGCUCCUACGUCAGCUGGGGUUCCUCAGCUUGUCCCUGUGUAGAGAAGGUCCAGGGUUCAUCACUGCUUCCUGUCAGAGUGGAGAGGAAGAUCACCUUACUGGCCCGCAACCUGCACCUUUACCAGGAAGUGGAUCUGGACUAUGAGUGUGUGUUGGUCAUUGAGGGGCAGACGGUGGUGGUGGACGCAUACGUGGAGACCGAUGACAUGAAUCCAUCAAACUUUGACAUCACCUGUCAACUACACCAGUACACAUAUUCUGCGCCAGUGGAUGAAUACAAUGCCAUGGUGUAUGUGAAGAGGAGGGACACCUUUCAUGUGGAUAGCUCUCCUGAUCUAUAUGUGACUCUGUACAACUGCUCUGUGGGCCGCUCUGACUGCAGCCGCUGCCACACAGCUGACCAUAAGUAUGGUUGUGUGUGGUGUGGUGGUGCUCAGGCCAGCUGCUUGUAUUCAGACUCCUGUAGUGAACCUGUACAGCAGACAUGCCCUGCCCCCGUCAUCCACUCUAUUGAGCCACUUUCCGGCAUGUUGGAAGGUGGCACCACGGUGACCAUCUCAGGCUCCAACCUGGGCCAGAAGGCUGAAGACAUCCUCCACUCAGUGUCAGUAGCCGGAAUCUCCUGCACCGUCAUCCCCAGCCUCUACGAGGUCUCCUCCAGGAUUGUGUGCAGGACCAGAGCCAGCGGAGGAGAGAAGGUGGGCCAUGUGUCUGUAAAAGUGAGCGGAGGACAGUUUGGUGUGUCCAGCCAGACAUUCAGCUACCAGGACCCUUUUGUGAUGGGGGUGUCUCCGGAAAGGGGGCCAAAGGCUGGAGGAACGUCCCUGACCAUCAUUGGCAAAAACCUGCUGACGGGACGUCCCUCUGACCUCACUAUCACAGUGGGAGGGGUGCCCUGUAACAUUGUGUCAGAGGUGCAGGGUUCCAGUGUUCAGUGUGUGACAGGCAGCAGUAAUAAGACAGGUGAUCACCGGGUCACGCUGCACUAUGGCAGCAGCCAGCGCCACCUCCACACUUCAGCCUACCGCUACACCCAAAACCCCAACAUCACCCAUGCCACACCAGCUAAGAGCUUCCUGCAUGGAGGUCGGCUGAUCUACGUGUCGGGCCACAACCUGGACGUGGUGCAGGAGCCCCGGAUGGUGGUGACCAUCUCUCCCUUGGAGUCAAUCAGCCAGAACAAAAGGAGAAAGCGAAGGAGAAAGAGGAGAAGUGAAGAGCAAGGGGAGAAGAUUUUGGUGAGGCCAGCGAAGAUCUGCCCUCCAGAAUCACUCUGCUCUGUCAAACAGUUUAUGGAGCGAUGUGAGGUGAACUCCUCCUCUCUGAUCCUGUGCCGUUCUCCUAUGCUGGACUCAUCCAUCUGGGGGUCAAAGGUAACUGCAGAGUUUCUGCUGGACAACCUACGCUUUGACUUCAGCAGCCUGAACGCUAACGGCUUCAGCUACGAACCCAACCCCGUCCUCCGCUCCCUGAACCAGCAGGACCCUCUGAAGGCCUACCGCUACAACCCCGGCAGCUUCAUCCAGCUGGAGGGGGAAAACCUGGACCUGGCCAUCACUAAGGACGAGGUGGUAGUGUUAGUAGGGGAGGGUGUGUGUGCUGUUAAGACCCUGACCAGAAACCAUCUGUACUGCGAGCCGCCACCUCAGCAGCCUGCACCAGGACCCAACGGCAAGAAACGAGAAGGGUCUGAUAAUCUGCCUGAGUUCACAGUCCAAAUGGGCAACCUGAACUUCUCACUGGGUAAGGUUCAGUACGACAACCUUAGCCUGUCCACUUUCCCCUUGGAGGCUCAGAUUGGAGUUGGGGUUGGAGCGUCCAUACUUGCCCUCAUUGUCCUCAUCAUCGUGCUCAUUUACAGGAGGAAGAGUAAGCAGGCUCUGAGAGACUACAAGAAGGUCCAGAUCCAGCUGGAGAACCUAGAAACCAGUGUGAGAGAUCGCUGCAAGAAAGAAUUCACAGACCUGAUGACGGAGAUGAUGGACAUGUCCAGCGACCUGGUGGGCUCUGGCAUCCCCUUCCUUGACUACCGGAUGUAUGCUGAGCGCAUUUUCUUCCCGGGCCACCGGGAGUCUCCGCUGAGGCGAGACCUGGACGUCCAGGAGUGUCGGAGGCAGACGGUUGAGCAGGGCCUGGUGCAGCUGUCCAACCUGCUCAACAGCAAACUCUUCCUCACCAAGUUCAUUCACACUCUGGAGAGCCAGCGGACAUUCUCUCCCAGAGACCGGGCCUACGUGGCCUCCCUGCUAACAGUGUCGCUGCACGGCAAACUGGAGUAUUUCACCGACAUCCUCAAAACUCUCCUCAACGACCUGGUGGAGCAGUAUGUGGCCAAGAACCCCAAACUGAUGCUGCGACGAACAGAGACUGUGGUGGAGAAGCUGCUGACCAACUGGAUGUCCAUCUGCCUCUAUGCUUUCCUCAGGGACUCAGCAGGGGAGUCUCUCUACAUGCUGUUCAGGGCCAUAAAGCACCAGGUAGAUAAAGGACCAGUGGACGCUGUGACCGGCAAGGCCAAGUACACGCUCAAUGACAACCGGCUGCUGCGAGAGGACGUGGAGUACAAGACCCUGACUCUGAAUGUGCUGGUCCAGGGCGGAGGAGUGAACGAGAGCCAGCCGGUGCCCUCCAAAGUGCUUGACUGUGACACCAUUACACAGGUGAAAGAGAAGCUGCUGGAUCAGGUGUACAAGGGGACCUCCUUCUCCCACCGGCCCCACGCAGACACCUUGGACCUUGAGUGGAGGUCUGGUGUCGCCGGUCAUCUCAUCCUGUCAGAUGAAGACUUGACGUCUGUGGUUCAGGGCAACUGGAAACGCCUCAACACACUGCAGCACUACAAGGUCCCAGACGGUGCAACUGUAGCGCUGGUCCCACGCCACACCAAACACAUUCACCAUGACAACCAUGACUACGUGGCAGGAGAGAAAACUCCAAUGCUGGAAGAUGCAGAUGAAGGCGGUGUGAGGCUGUGGCAUCUGGUGAAAGCCAGCGAGGAGCCUGAGCUGCCCAAACACCGCAGAGGCAGUCUGAGGGAGAGAGAGAGGGCUAAGGCCAUCCCUGAGAUCUACCUGACCCGCCUGCUCUCCAUGAAGGGGACAUUGCAGAAGUUUGUAGACGAUCUGUUCACAGUGAUCCUCAGCACCAGUCGUCCUGUCCCGCUGGCUGUCAAAUACUUCUUUGACCUACUUGACGACCAGGCAGGACAACACGGCAUCUCUGACCCAGAGACAAUCCACAUCUGGAAGACCAACAGUUUGCCUCUGCGUUUCUGGAUCAAUAUUGUGAAGAACCCUCAGUUUAUCUUUGACGUCCAGGCGUCGGACCACGUGGACGCCGUGCUCUCUGUCAUCGCCCAGACCUUCAUGGACUCCUGUACCAUUGCGGAGCACAAACUUGGACGGGACUCGCCCAUCAACAAGCUGCUGUAUGCCAGAGACAUCCCCCGCUACAAACAGAUGGUUGAAAGGUACUAUGCUGACAUCAGGCAGACCAUCUCAGCCAGCGACCAGGAGAUGAACUCUGCUCUGGCUGAACUGUCCCGGAACUAUUCUGGAGAGCUCAACUACCUGGUCGCACUGCACGAGCUUUACAAGUACAUCAAUAAAUACUACGACCAGAUCAUCACAGCGCUGGAGGAGGACCCCACAGCCCAGAAGAUGCAACUCGGCUACAGACUGCAGCAGAUCGCUGCCGCCGUGGAGAAUAAAGUUACUGACUUGUGACAGGAAACAACCCGACAGAGCUACGGCAAACAGAAUAGGCUGUGAGUGGGAGGAGAACAAACAGACUUGCACCCUGCAGGUUGAACGGGAAAGCAGGAGAGCAACAGACAGAACCAGCCUUCCUUUUCCAUGGAAGGGAUAGAGUCAAGGAGCCAUGAGGUUUUAACGUGUGAAAAAAUCAUGUGGAUGUUGGCUAAGAACGCACCGGUGGCUUUAGUCUGGACACUGAGCGGAGGGGUGUAAAAGACACCAGUCAAGCCUGCUGUUCCUAGGAUAACUUCAUAAAGAAACAUUUUUGGAAAAAACAUAGUGUUUUAUUUCCACAGAACAUGUGCUGGACUUCAAACUCAACAGUCUUAUAUAGCAGCUGUCAUGUAAAAGAAACCAGCUGGUCCACAGUCAGCUGAUCUGAUCUGAAGACUGGUUACAGUGGGAUUUAAUGUCACUGUUUUCCCUUGGAGUGAGUUUUAUGAAGCGGUACCUCUUAUGCCUUGUGUGCUUCUCGCUGCUGUAUGGUCUGAAGUUUUUUCUUUGUGUGUGUAUAUGGUGAAUUUGUGUGUGUGUGCGUGCGUGUGCACAGUUAUCCAUAUUUCUGGUUGUCAAUCUACACCUUGUUAUGUCACAUUUCUGGUUUUUAGUAAAAAAGUAUUGAAGAAACUGGUAAUUAUAUUUUCAUGUUAAAGUCAGCAGUAGCCUACUGACAAAACAAUUAACUGAGCUUCACUAUUAUUUUUCUGAAAUGGACAUGUUUAAGAAUGAAACCUUUUUGGUCACAACAUUGUUUACGACCCCUUAACUUAACGCUGAGAGUUUAAUAAGUAACUGCCACUCUCUACCUCAGCCUACUGUGCUGCAUCAGAUAUAUAUUUUUUUUUUCUGUGAUGUUGUUGAACCAACACUACUAUGUUUAUUUCAACCAUCUACAACUGCCAGUACAGCAGCAAAGCACAGAUCUGGCUUCAUUAACAUAUACAGUAACACCUGCUGAACAUUCAUAUAUGCAGUGGUACAAACACACAGACAUUUCAAGUUCUCUGUCGUCUUUCUUGUGUAUGAGAUUGGUAACCACAACCUGCUCGUUGCAGCAUUUUAAGGUACUAAAACCUAACUGAGUGACGGUUUCCUCCUCCUUUUAUUUCUUGCUUUUAUACUUUUUUUUUAUGUGGAUGUGUCUAUAGUGUACAAGUCACUGGAAAGAUGUUUGAGGAAAAUCCUUCCAUAAAGAAACUCCCGGAAGUGGAAUCUUAGUGUGAACCACAGUGUUUUAUUGUGCAAGUCAGUUAUAUUUUAAUUUGUACAUUUUUAACAUUCCUUUUAGGUUUUGUACAAUGUUUUAAAAAUCAUGCUUCAUCUUUUCCACUCCAAGCUGAGGCAAUGAACAUGUUGUAUUGACAUCAUGGUUGGUGUACAGUUCUUGUAUUGAACACAAGGUGGCACUGCUUCAUGUGCUCAAUCUCUGUAUGGCAUUUUCCUUUAAAAAAAAAAAAAAAAAAAAAAAGUUGAUACAGGUUAUGUAUUGAUUAUACUACUACUGGUUCAGUAGAUAUAGUUUAUCUUGUCACACUGUUCUACUUUCAGUUAGAGCAUAGAGAACGUAUAUAAAUGAGCUAAUGUUCUGUGAUGUUCUCAUUUUGAUGAAUAAGACUUAUGGUUGGAUAUUGAUGCUGGUCUUGUGUCAAACUCUGUUUCCCCUUUUAAAUAUUUUUUACAAAGCCCCGCCCUUUGUGGUUAGGGUGACAGUUUAAUUUAGGUAUAUUUAGGUUCUGGUCAGGCAUUGCAGAGAUAACUGGCUGGGUUCAGGUGAAUGAAAGGGGAAAUCCAAAUUGACAGGGAUACUGACUUUCUGACAACUUUGAUGCUUAACAAUCUGUCAAUACUUAAGGACUAUAGACAUGGUGCAGUCUUUACUUCAAAGUAAUAAAGUUUCAUUGCCAGCCCUAGUCAUCGUGACCAAAAACAAACAGUGGAAAGAGUGUUGAUGUGUGUCAUUCCCAGGUCCAGGCUUGUCACAAUAGCCUGUAGGUUUAUUACAUUAACACACACACACACACACACACACACACAAGCAACUAAUGACACAUGUGAACGGAUGGUUUGUUCUGUCAUACACUGUCAGUUCAGAUAGGCGUGAAAGCUAAGUGAUGAUAUUAUAGGCAAGCCAUUUGAGGGAAAACUAUAAUUGUUUUAGGCUGUAUAAAUUUGGAAUGUAGAGCAGGCUCUGCAAUGAGCAGUUUUAAGGAUGUUUCUUAUUUUGUGUGUUAAUAUCAUUGUACAUACUGAUUUCAAAUGUAACUGUAGUGAUUUAACCUGUUUAAUAAGAGAAGGUUCAAAUUCUCACAGAUGUUGAUGUAAUAAAGUAUUCUUAAAAGGA